GCUGGGGAAAGGGCAGGUUGGCAGUUUCUUACACGGUUGACCUACAAGCAUGUGACCGCCCCCUUGGGCAUUUAAUCCAGAGCAUCUGUCCACACAAGGACCGUGAACAGUCACAGCAGCCCCAUUCUGGCAGCGCCAAAGGAAAUGGCCCAGAGUCCGUCUGCGAUGGUUGAGCAGACUGGCAGAGCUACGGCAGCCGCCGCUCUGGAUAAGAAGGACGCUCUGUCUGUGCACGCGGAGUGUGGCGCAUCUCACAGCGGACUGAGCAAAAGGAACCAGACGGCAUGUCCUGCGUGAGCCCGUUUGCAGAGCAUCCUGAGCGCGCCAGGUCUGCAGGGCCCUGGCGGCCUCGUCCUGGCUUCUCCACGGGGGCCAGCACAGCUUUGAAUCACGUGCAGUUCAUCAUUUGUCCAAUAUUCGCUUCAGGAUGUAGCACAGCUUCCAGGCCCCCAGGCACAGAAAAUGGAAAAGCAGCAGAGGACAGCGGGCAGGCUCACAAGUGACGAACCGGACUGUGGGAUGAUGCCAGCCCGGAGCAGCCGAGCCGGAGCCACGGCUUGAGGCCCCCCAUGCAAAGGCGGACAGAGGGCAGAGGAGAAGCCAAAGAUGUUGACGAGAAAGAUCAAACUCUGGGACAUAAACGCCCACAUCACCUGCCGCCUGUGCAGCGGGUAUCUCAUCGACGCGACCACGGUGACCGAGUGUCUGCACACGUAUGGCUCCCAGCUCGUGCUGAACCUGGACUUUUGUCUUCUUUAAGCACCAUGUCGACUGCGGGUGCCAGUGUGACCCUGGGGCUCCGCGGCUGUGCGCUUAGUGUGAGGCUGUGCGCCCGCGUGGUCGGCCUGCGGAGCGCAGCCCUCGUGCUGAGGAGCCCAGGCCUCAGGAGCUGUGCGAAGGACGUCACCUGUGUCUGCCGGAGCUGCCUGGUCAAGUAUCUGGAGGAGAACAACACCUGCCCGACGUGUAGGAUCGUCAUCCACCAGAGCCACCCGCUGCAGUACAUCGGUCAUGACAGAACCAUGCAGGACAUUGUGUACAAGCUGGUUCCGGGCCUCCAGGAAGCGGAAAUGAGAAAACAGAGGGAAUUCUACCACAAAUUAGGCAUGGAAGUGCCUGGAGACAUCAAGGGGGAGACUUGCUCUGCAAAGCAACACUUAGAUUCCCAUCGGAAUGGUGAAACCAAAGCAGAUGACAGUUUGAGCAAAGAAACAGCAGAAGAGAAGCCGGAAGAGGACAACGACUACCACAGGAGUGAUGAGCAGGUGAGCAUCUGUCUGGAAUGCAACAGCAGCAAACUGCGGGGCCUGAAACGGAAGUGGAUCCGCUGCUCAGCCCAGGCAACUGUCCUCCAUCUGAAGAAGUUCAUCGCCAAAAAACUUAACCUUUCGUCUUUCAACGAGAAGGCGCCGCUCCUGCUGCACUACAGACCCAAGAUGGACUUGCUGUGAGCGGGCUGGCCACAGCAGGGACUCGGCCCUGGCGCCCGGGGUGCCCAUCAAGCGCGUGGCCGGGCAGGACCACGACCGCGCUUUAGAACGUUGCCUCUGGGUGCUGUGUGGACCAGAUUUCUGAAUAGAGAGUAUUUAUAACUUUUGUAUGAGAGAGUUCACACUCAAGAAGACACUACCAGCGCCACGGUCACAAGAUGACGGACACUUCACAGUCUCCCUCCCGGCGAGCACCGUCUCUGCCACAGUCACAGGCUUGAGGACCAUACUGGUGACAUGCUUUACUCCGUCAGACAUGGCCUUUGCUUGCUUCCCAGGUCUUGAAAAUCUUGGUCAUUUCAGUUUAGUUUAUGAGUUAGUUCAUAAGCCUCAAAAAUACUUGUACGCUUAUUGAAUCCUUCCUAAGUUAUUGAAAAAAUAUCUUUUCAUGGUGAAUGAUAUUUAUGUUGCCCAUAGCUUCCUGAAGACUUAGAAGAUUUAUAAAAAUUUAAUUUAAAAGCAUACCAAAAGAUGUUUCCAUUAAUAUUAUGAGUUAAUCACAGUAUUUAAUUUUCUAUGUUACGAAACAUACCAAGCUAACAGCUCCAGACUCCCCUUGGGCUACAUGGCAGGCUUGGCCUCCCACAGCUGCUCCAUGUGGACACACUUGGGGCCACGUGGCCCUGAGGGGAGGGGGCUGCAUCCCCGCUGCUUCCUGGAAAAUGGACAUGGUGAAGCCUGACAUCGCCAUCCCGCACUCUCAGCAGGGCAGACCUGACGCAGUUCGGCCAGCUUCACGCUGGUUCACAGUACAAUUCUUGUUUGUAAAAGUUGCUUUAUUAAAUUUUAGGGCACAAAUUGUUUGGUGCCACAUUUAAUUUCCCGCUAUUCUUUCCCACUUUCAUUUUGCUAAAAAGAGAUGGUGGCAUUUGUGUGGGGGCUUUUCCUGAGAGGCACCACCCAUCAGACGAGGGGCCUGCUGCCCUGUGGGUGCCCAAGCCCCUUGUCUGCCCAUGCGGCUUCCCGCCACACCCACCUUACCAGGUGGAGACAUCGGCUCCCCCCUCCUCUCCGCUCGCUUUGUGGCUGUCAGGGUUUUCCAAACCGGGUACCCCAGGGGAUGGGGUGGGUGGGGCAGAACCUGAGGGGGCCGCCCUGUGUGGCGAGACCUUGCUUCUGUCACUUAAUGACGUGCCGCAGGCAGCGCACACUCUGUGGACCCCCUUCUCGUCCCAAAUGUUAAUAUUUUUUUUGUGAAAUUAGGGAAUGAACUCUGCCAGCAAUAAAUAUUUGUUCCUUUAAAAUAGUAACUUGGAAUGCGUAAGGGCCACAACGGGAAGGAACCAUUUUCCAGAGAGGUUUGCGCUGCCGCUCCGUUUGCACAUCCGUGGGCUCCUUGGUGAGCUGUGGGCCCCCUUCCCUCUCCAGGGUCCCUGACGGUGGCCCCAAACAGCCCACCCCGGUGAUGAGACCGCCCCUUGAAUUAGCUCUGGGAGUUCGGGUUGGGCUCAGCCGCACUCCGUUUCGGGCUGCGCGUUCUGCCUUCUGUUUCGUGCACAUAAACGUCAGAAGCACCUACUAAUGAGACCCGGUCUUAAUGACAAGAAAAACACUCUAACUCAACCCAAGUGAUUUUAAUGUAAGGCCUUUUAAAAAACAUAAACAAAAACAAAUUCUUUGUUAGGAGUUUUUCAUAAUUCGCCCAUUUCAGCCCAUUAACUCACAGUACUGUUUGAAUGACUCACCUGAGCGUGCUAUUCACCCAGAUCAUUAUUCAGAGUUCCUGUACAAGGGUUCAGCGAGUAGUCGUGUAUGAGUGAAUACUGCCUGUCUACCUCAAGUGCACAUCGCUGCUGAAGCGUCCGCGUCACCACAGCGCAGGUCUAAGUGCGGCAUCGGAAUUCAGGUAUUUUCCUGUGUGAAAGCAAGGCAGGAUGGAACAGUAUGAGCGCCCUAACUCAAAUAAAAUUGAUCACAGCUCACAUUAAACUGAACAUCGCUGUAAUAAACUCGUAAUAUAUAUUUGUAACUUUAUAGCUAUCUUUGAAACCACUUGAAUUUGCUACGGUGCUAAGUCGACAUACGUAACCAUGCAGAGGGGUGGAGGUGAGUCGAGCUGGCGCGAACAUCCCCAGCUGCUCACGGACGCCUCGUGUGUGACCCGCUUCUGUAAUCGUGUUAACCUCAGCAGCAGAAGUACCUAUUUUUCUAAGAUUUCCUCACGCAGAUUGUCUUCACCACGGGACCCCAGGAGCCCCCGCUGCAGCCAUUCAGCCUCACCAGGCGGGGGCUUCGGCAGCCACUAUUCUUUUCUGUCACUUCUUCAUUUAACAUCAAAGGCUGAAUUUUAUUUUUCCAGCAUGAAAGCCAGGAUCAGCCAGUGAUUGGAUCCUAUUAAGAUGCUGUUCCUUUUAACAGAUGGAGUUACUGUGAAGUAGUUUUCACAACUAUUUUUGCUGGUAAAGCAGAGCUGUUCAGUCACCUUACUUACUGCAUCUGCCCCAGCACUGGGCUUGCUACCCAGCACACGGUCUCACUAAGUACAGUCUUCGUGGAAAUGGAAAAUGCAGAGAGAAUAUAUAAUAUUGAAUUUAAGAUUUGGGGGGUUAAAAAAAGAAAACUUUAUAAAAUUAUUUAUUCUAUUUUAAGCCUUCUAGCAUAUUUUCCCAUCCAAUUGUUUGGUUUCGGUGGUCCAGCUUUAUUUACAGGCAUAUAAAAUGAAAUUGUGAGAUAUUUUGCAAGCUUCUUUUUAGUUCGAGUAGCUUUUAAUUUGUAUGUUUUUGUUUUAUAUGGAUGAAGAGCAUUUUUUUAUCCUUUUGUGCAAUAGGUUCCAACAUGCAUUUAUUAGACAUGUUUAAAUUGUGAUGUAGCAUCUAUUCUGCUAAAGUGAGAGGGAAUAUAGGUGGAAUUUCAAAAUACGUACAUUCAGCUAAUUGGUUUUUCCUUUUUCGUGGUUAUGAUUAAAGAAUGCUGUUGUUGGGAGCGCCUGUGCGUGUGCCUGUUAGCAAUAUUCACAAAUAAGGGACCGGGCAGGUGGCCAUGGGGUGUCCUGUGGCGCCAUCCUAGACCAGCCUCAUGGCUGCCCGGAGCCUCAGGCACUCAGGCCCCGCGUGCUCGGCCCUGGAUGUACCACCCCUCUGCCAGCCACAGAUGUGCAGGGGCAGCUUCUCGGGGCCUCCGGAGCCCUCCAGGGCCUGCAGCCUUGAAUGCCUCUUCGUGGCAUUAGACUUUAGAAGUUGGUUUGAUGUUUUUUCUCAGAGCGCACAGGAUACCAUUUUACAGUAAUUUGAAAUGUGUCAUUCGAUUGAAUGUUCUAGGAAUGAGCCAGCUGAUUUAUACAUUGUACAUGAAUAUGUGACAUGCUCUCAAAACAUUAAAAUUAAAUUUAGUGCAGAUAACUAAAUCACAAAAAAUUCAGUUUCUCUAUUUCCUCAGGAAAUCAUUCACACUUCACCAUAUCACAUGUGACCUCAGUGUGGUAAACCAAUGUUUCUCUGCUUUGGUAUUUAAUCCAACUAAUAAUUAAGUUGGGAUAAAUAGAUUGGAAAACCGUCAUUCAAACUACACUGAGAGCCUUGCAGAGAUUUUCCCCUCCAGGCAGGGCGGAAGCUUCUGCUGGGGAACUGCCUGCCCUGCAUAGGUGUGUGCAGUUCACCAUGUCCAGGAGCAUGUCUGAGGGUGGACUGCAGUUUGCGUGUCCCCGGAAAUGUGUGUAGCAUUAGUGUACGUGUCUGCUCCAACAACUUGAUCAGGUGUAAGGAAACUAUUUGUUCCCAAAUGGUGUAGGUGCAGGGCAAAAGCUCCCCGCUAAGCCUCGUCAUCACAUGUGGCGACACGGACUCUGGCGGUUUGUGGAGAUGACAUUGCAGAUACAUAUUUUUGACUGUUUAAUUUGAAAGUUUACAUUUUUUAUGCUUUGUGUUGGUGUGUAAUUUUUGUACUAUUGGUGGUUAGUUUUUGUCUAAAAAUCUUUUUUGGAAUAUUGCUUAAUGUUUUGAUUUUAUGGUAGUGAAGCUUGUAUUCAGUGUUUUGCCAAUUAAUAUUAUAUGCUUGUAAUAAAAGCAAAAGAAAAACUUAA